AUGCAGCUGGCCAGCAAGCUGGUCCUCUCCGCCGCCGCUCUGCUCCUCCUGACUUUGGCGUACAGGUUUUAUAAGUCCCGCUCGCUCGCUGGGGGCAGAAUCCCGCCGGCCGACACGGCAGGAGGGCAAAGGGAAAACGCUGCCCGGGAUGGUGAUGGGGAUGGGGUGGUGGGUCUGCGACGGAGGAGGGGGUGUGGUGAUGGACGUACCCAAAGCACGGAGCAGGGUUUGUCCAUCAGAGGCAUGAGCCGGCAGUCUGAGGGGUGCAGGGGUAUGAUCCAGACCCUCAGCGUCACCUCAGACCUGGGUCUAAUGAUGACGACGAGCAACGUGGAGUCGGAUGCCUCCUACUCUUUCUCCUCAGUUGCAAAGAUCCAGGUGGAGGAGAACUACAUCGCUGAGCGGUGGGUGAACGACAGGGAUGGGCAGCCAGUCCCCGGCCUCAAAGGCAAAGUCUACGACUACUAUGUCCAAUCCAUCUCGCAGUCGGUAUUGAAGAAGAGGUCUCUCCCCUACAUCCCUCUGGGAACAUCACGGCACCGCAGCUCGGAGCGGGCCAGUGAAGAGCUGCAGACCUUUGCAACCCAGGAGGUGGGCCAAACUUCAGCAGCACAGGAUCUCACCACCUCCUCCAUAGUUCGACCACCUGCAGGGAGCUUGGAGAUCUUGCCUGAGACAUCAUCUCCUGGCCGCAAAGGCAGCAUCCUCCAGAUUGCAGACAGCCCUCACCUCCAGCUGCCCAUGGAGGGGUUUGGGGUCACAGUGCCAGCUGGCACACCACAUACAAGACCCCAGCCAGGGUUGGUGGCCAGUGCUGACCUCUUCCGAAUGCCACCACCCACUCACCUAGACCUGGGGAACUGCUACGAGGUCCUCUGCACAGCCAAGGCUCAGAAGCUCGGCUAUCUCCAGGAGGCCGCCUACAAGGUGAUGAGCGACAACUACCUGCAAGUGCUGAGGACACCCUCCAUCUACAGCCGCCUCAAUGCCAGUGAGCGGGAGCUCAUCCUGCGGCGGAGGAUGAAGGGGAAGAUGUACAUGGCCGUGGCAGACAUCAGUGUGCAAGAGCCUGGCCUCCACACCAGCCGCCUCUGCUACUAUGAUGAUGGAGGGGACUGCUGGCAUCACCUCUGCCACGUGCCACCAGAGGCGGUCUCCCGGGGCUGUGCCAUGUGCAGCAUGUUCAACUACCUCUUCGUGGUGGCCGGCUGCGAGGGCACAGGCCGUGCGCAGAGACCCUCCAACCGUGUCUUCUGCUAUGACCCCCUGACGAACAUCUGGAGGGAGAUCUGCCCCUUGAACCAAGCACGGCCACACUGCAAGCUCGUGGCCCUGGAUGGCCACCUCUACGCCAUCGGAGGUGAGUGCCUCUACACAGUGGAGCGCUACAACCCCCGGCAGGACCGAUGGACCUUCACAGCACCCCUGCCCCAUGACACCUUCGCCGUGGCCCACACGGCUACGGUGUGUGACGGGGAGAUCUACGUGACAGGGGGCACCUUGCGCUACGUGCUGCUGCGUUACACCGCCCGCUCGGACAGUUGGAGGGUCAGCCCGGCCGGCGGCGGCAAGGACAGGACAGCUGAGAUGGUGAGCACCAAUGGCUUCAUCUACCGUUUUGACCUCCACCGCAGCACCAGCAUCAGCGUCUAUCGCUGCAGCGCCAAGGCCAAGCUGUGGUACGAGUGUGCCACCUACACCAUGCCCGGCCUGUCUGGCUUCCAGUGCGCCGUGGUGGGCAGCCUGGUCCACUGUGUCGGCCGGCACUUCCACAUACGCUUCUUGGCUGACCACAUCUCACCACGCUUCGGGACCAAGGAGCUGCAGCCCUUCCCAUCGCCUCGUGGCAGCCUCCUCCCGGCUGUCCUGGUGCUGCCAGAGGGAGGGACGGUGCACACACAGGUUUGA